AAGGGAUGCUCACUACUUGCGCGGUCUUCUGCCCCCGGUGGUUGCAACUCAACAGCUUCAGGAGAAGAAAUUGAUGCACACUAUCAGGCAAUAUCAACUUCCCCUUCAAAAAUAUAUGGCCAUGAUGGAACUUGAGGAGAGGAAUGAAAGAUUGUUUUACAAGCUUCUUAUUGAUAAUGUUGAGGAAUUACUUCCUAUCGUUUACACUCCAACAGUAGGUGAAGCGUGUCAGAAAUAUGGAAGUAUCUUCAAGCGUCCUCAGGGGUUAUAUAUAAGUUUGAAGGAGAAGGGAAAAAUUCUUGAUGUAUUAAAAAAUUGGCCUGAAAGAAGUAUUCAAGUUAUUGUUGUAACUGAUGGGGAGCGGAUUUUGGGACUUGGUGAUCUUGGCUGUCAGGGUAUGGGAAUUCCAGUAGGAAAAUUGGCUCUUUACACUGCGCUUGGAGGAGUUCGUCCCUCUGCGUGUUUGCCAAUCACCAUUGAUGUGGGCACAAACAAUGAAAAAUUGCUGAACGAUGAAUUCUACAUUGGACUCCGACAAAGGAGAGCAACUGGCCAGGAAUACUCUGAACUACUACAGGAAUUCAUGACUGCUGUAAAGCAGAACUAUGGAGAAAAAGUUCUUAUCCAGUUUGAAGAUUUUGCUAACCACAAUGCUUUUGAGCUGCUUGCAAAAUAUGGUACAACCCAUCUCGUCUUCAACGAUGAUAUACAGGGGACAGCAUCUGUUGUUCUUGCAGGGGUAAUUGCAGCGCUGAAGUUGCUUGGUGGUUCCCUGAGUGAUCACACUUUCUUGUUCCUUGGCGCUGGGGAGGCUGGAACUGGUAUAGCAGAGCUAAUAGCACUUGAGAUGUCAAAACGGACCAAUGCUCCUUUGGAAGAGACUCGCAAGAAGAUCUGGUUAGUGGAUUCAAAGGGAUUGAUUGUCAGCUCCCGUAAGGAUUCACUUCAACACUUCAAGCAGCCCUGGGCUCAUGAGCAUGAACCUGUUAAGAAUCUCUUAGAUGCUGUAAAGGCAAUCAAACCAACGGUUCUGAUUGGAUCAUCUGGCGUUGGAAGAACAUUUACGAAGGAAGUAAUUGAAGCCAUGGCUUCCUUAAAUGAGAAACCUCUAAUCUUGUCUCUUUCCAAUCCAACUUCACAAUCAGAGUGUACAGCAGAAGAAGCUUAUACUUGGACUAAGGGCAAAGCAACCUUUGCUAGUGGAAGUCCAUUUGAUCCUGUUGAAUAUGAGGGAAAAGUUUUUGUUCCUGGCCAGGCGAACAAUGCAUAUAUUUUCCCUGGAUUUGGCUUGGGUUUGGUCAUCUCUGGAGCAAUCCGCGUUCAUGAUGAUAUGCUUCUUGCAGCCUCUGAAGCUUUGGCCAGCCAAGUUACUGAAGAGAACUUCAGCAAGGGGCUCAUUUACCCACCUUUCUCUAACAUCAGAAAAAUUUCAGCACAUAUUGCUGCUAAUGUCGCCGCUAAGGCAUAUGAACUUGGACUGGCUACACGGCUUCCUCGACCAGAGAACCUUAUGAAGUAUGCUGAGAGUUGCAUGUACAGUCCUGUCUAUAGAAAUUACCGCUAAUUGGGUGGUUUUUUGAUGUGAAGCUACGCGUGGAAGUAUAUAGCUUUGAGCAAAAUAAGAUUUAUGGCAAGUAUGAAUGACAGAUAUGGCAGUCGAUGUAUUAAUAAAUUUUGUGCUUUUGGUGUGAAGCUGUAAGUUACCCAAGUAUGUGCCUAAAUGUUUACUGUAAACGCAAUAAGAUUUCAUUUUGGAAUGCA